AUGCAGCUGCGCGCUCACGAGGCCGCGGUCCUGGAGAAGGCCGUGCGCUUGGCGGUGGAGUCGGUGAUGAACGUGCUGAGCGCCGUGAACAGUGCGCGCGUGGACGAGCUCCAGCGGCGCGUGCACGAGCGCGACCGGGACGUGCGUGUGCUACAGGAGCGCGUGCGUGAGGCGGAGAAGGAGCUGCGGCUGAUGAAGAGGCCGUGGUGGUGCCCCGGGGCCGACGGCUCUGGUGUGGAGGAGGCUGGAGUUGAGGCGUCCGGUUUGAAUGUUUCCGGUACAGAGGGUCCCGGGGUCGUGGGUUCCGGGGCCCCCACUGCCCCCGGACCUCUCGCGGACACCGGAGAGCACGAGCGGAGCGGCGACUGCGAGCUGCGUGUUUCCGUGGCUCUGCAGGCGUCUCUGGACCCCUCCGACGGCCUUGAGCAGGUUCGUCCUCGCUCCCAGGACCACAACGAGUCUCUGCCUCCACCGCAAGAACAAGCCGAGCCCCCGUGUCCCCCUGAUGGAACUGUCCUGCUACUGCCACAGUGCGCCCCCUACACACAGGUCAAACAGGAGGCUGAGCCCACCAGGCCCCAUCCCACAGAGAUCAAGCAGGAGCCUUUCUGCCCAGACUUCGAGCUGAUGUCACAAGAGGACGUUCCCGCGAUGUUCCUGCAGAGGGCGCUGAGUGAGGACGUGUCCCACAGAGUCGAAGAGAUCCUGGGACAGUGCGAGCUGUGGCCGAGUGUGUGUCCAGAGGCAGAGAGCGCGUCAGCGUUGGCGUCUGUCCCGCGGCCUCUCUACACUGGCGACUGCAGCAGCAGUAGAAAAGACUCCUCCCUGAAGGACCAGUCUGAGGAGGCCAUGAAGAGGCGGCGUGCCUCCUGGAGGGCGGCCUCGCGGAGGUAUUACGCACGGAAAAUGGCGCGUCAGCAGACCCGCGCCGGCCCCUCCUCCUCCUCCCCCCACCUCCCCCAGAAUUUCCCCCAUCACUACACCUCCUCACCCGGCCUCCACAGACUGCAGCACAGAGCGUGGGGAGGCUACGUCCAGCAGGCCCCCGUCCAGAGCCCCCUCAGAGUGCAGCAGAGACACCCCGCCAGGUGA